AUGACUAUCCUUGCUACUCUUAAGAACAUGAACCCAUCCUCAUCGUUGGCCAAGUCUGGUGCCUCCUUCUCUAGCUCAUCAGCUGGUGGUUCAUCUCAGGGAUCAUCGUCGACUGCUUGCUGGAACCCCUGUUUCCCAGGUAUUCACAUUGAUGCCAACAUUGAUAUCGAUAUCAACUUGGGUCGUUGCAACUUGAUUGAUGCCCACAUCAACGCCAACAUCAACCUUUAA